AACGCCCCGAUCCCACUAGGGGCAUUCAGUAGUAAUUAAAAUAUCGCCGCGCAAAAUCCAAUCCUCCAGAGAAUUGGUUUCAAAACCUAAAUCCCCGCCUGCACCAUGGACUACGACCUUUUCCAGUCGGAUGACGACGAGGAGAUCCUGACCGCCUUCACACAGGCCACCCAGAAGCUUCAGCAGGAAACCGGCAACGGGCAAAUGGACGUGGACGAUGCCGAAGAGGAGGAAUUGGACGAGGGACUGGAUUUCCUGCCGGAGUUCUGCUGCAGCGGCCGGGACACGCUGAAGAGUCAGUUUCCGGGCGAGGGCUUCUUGCGGAAUGGCUACGCCCAACUGGAUCCACGCCGCUGUCGGCUGGAGAAUCUAUGCUUUGACUUUGACCAGGGACAACUGGUGGUUGCAGCGGUGAGGAACUACCUGCAUGGCGAGGCCUGCAAGAAUGUGCAGAAACUAUUUGCCGCUGUGGCCGGUCAACAGCAAUUGCAGGCCACAUCUGCCUUCAUGAACUCUGGCUGGUAUCAAGUACGCCAGCAGGUCAGCCACUUCUAUCACCUGAUGCUCCGCCUGCGGGAGAACGACCUGCUAGCAGGGGCACCACAGUUUCUGGAGGAUCUUCGUCACUUGCUCAACAAUCAGCUGGAUACGGAUGCCUGGAAGGUUUUGUACUUUGCGGAGCACAGCAAGGGAAACGAGUGCCAGGCACCGGCCUAUCACUUGUAUCACGGCAUCCUGGAGUGGCGCUUCUUGGACCUCCACAUGUUGUUUGCCUCUGGGGAGGAUCAAGGCUUCCUGGGGCAGCUGGAGCGCACGCUGGACGAUCUGAUCGUGUGUGCCGGACAUCACUACCGGGGCAGGCAUCGCCCGGAGCUCAUCCAUACCUCGCCGUUCGUGUGUCGCUGCACCAAGGAGCUGUGGUUGCUGCUGAAACACCUUAUCCCCAAAUGGCUGGGUGAGAGGGAUCUGGACUUUUGGAUGCUCUUCCACAAGGCCAUGCAGAGGCAUAAGUCAAAUUAUUUUCAGGGUGACAACUAUGCGGUUUCUUUGGCGUACCACGAGUUCUAUUCCUGGCUAAGACUUGGCCUGGCGCGUUUGGACGAAUACAACAGUGAGGGUCAGUACCAGCCGGAUCAUACGCUCACCUCGCCACCUGGAAGCUUCCAAACCGCCAAUCUGCUAAAGCAAUUCUUGGCCAGCCAGCCGGACGAGCAGCAGCGACGUGUUUACCUCACGCUACUCGCUCCUCUGCAACUGCAGCUCGGGCAUCCGGACACGGAUGUACUCUGUCAGCUGUGGGAGUACCUGCAUCGAUCCCUAAACUGCAACUUUAGUGCGGGAACAGAGCUGGACCAGCUACCGCUUACCUGUACCAGUGGGGCUGCUUACGUGGAGCGCUACAGCAAGCUGCUGGCAAAAUCCCAGCUGGAAGAUCUAAAUCUCAGCAGUUUCACCAUGUACGCCUGGAUGUUGGGCAGAACCUUGAAGCUUUUGCCUUUGCAGGGACGAAGCAACCAACGCCAGAAGCUGCUCGGUCGUAUCUUCAGCAAAUUCAGUGCCGCGAAACUUUUGGCUCUUAAUGAGCCAGGUAUUCACCAUGUGAUCGAGCUCUUCUUGUGCCUUUUGCUCUGCCAUGAGGAUCUCGGAGAGCUGGCGCCCAAGCUGCGUGAAAUGCUGCUCUGUCUGGCCCUGGAUAAGCUACCACCGGUGCGGAGGAUUCUAGUGGCCAAGGGCCACAUGGCUCUGCUUCUCUUGCAUGCCCAGCAUCGCCUGCCCAUGGAUGAUUAUGUGGGCAAGCUACUCAGCCAGUUGGCCACCAUUCGGAACGAUACGGAGGUGGCCGCCAUCUAUGUGAAUAGCCUACAGUCUAUAUUUGAUCUGGCGGAUGAUUUUAAACGCGGCGAACAGCGGCUCCUGGGGCCCUGGCUGGCGCACUACGUGGAGAAGAGUGGCCAGGCAUCGCAGGAUCGCGUGUGGCAGGCCAUUUAUCAUCUAAUUCUGCGUCUUAGCGAACCAAGAGCAGUGACGGGUAAUGCCAGUGGCAUAAAGGAGGCCCUCCAACAGCAUAUUUUGCCUGUGCUGAGGACACAGUAUGUCAGUGGCCAUAGCUCAUGGCUUCCGAAGCUGGCAGCCAACUUUGUUGCCCUGGACAAGGAUGGGGACAAGCUGCUGCUGGGCUUCCUGCAGGGACCAGAACCAAUUAAUAUGGCCGCUUCGGCUCAGUUGAUGCUUCAGGUGCUGGAAGGCGACGGCCGGCCAGCAAGCUCCACGAUCCUCCAGGUUUGGGUGAAAUCUCUUGUUCUCCUCAACGCGCAGCAUGAGUCUGUACUGGCUAUGAAACCUUAUGUCAUCCAGCUGGAGGAGUUCAGACAACUAUGCAUCGAUCCAGCCUCUUUGGAAGGCGGUCGCGAGCCGCUUUGCGCAUUUUUCGGAGCUUUGGGAAGGCGUGCCCAACAGGAAGAAGGUGCGGCCCACGUCCGUAUGCAGUUGAGCCACAAACUGCACGCCUAUGUGAAUCAUUUCGAGCUGUGGCUGCCGCCGGAUCGGCUGCGUUCGGAGCUGGGAUCCCGCUUUUACAGCUUCCUGGCAAUCGUCAUCUACAACUGUCCCACUCUGGCGUACGUCCGCUCCAAACCCACCUGUUUCUUUCACCUGGCAAUGGUGCGGUUCCUGCUCACCACGCAACUACAAGCUGGAGUUCCGCCCGAGGGGCGCUUACCGCAGAUGGUGCACAAGAUCUUCCCUGUGUUGCUGCAGGGGAUUGGUCGGCUGCCCUACCGCACUGACGCCUACGUGGCCAAAACACUGGAGCAACUGGUUCAGCACUGGACUCCGCACUUUAGCUUCUCCCCCAACGCUAAGCUGGUGGCUCGACCGUACGCCACGCUCCUCCAAUCGGAUGUGGAUGGAGUGCUGGCGCAAUUUGUGCUCCAGCUGCUAAUGAGCCAGUUCCUGGUGGUGCAGCGACGGAAGGCGGGCCAGCAUGCGGGUCUGGUGAUCACCAUUGUGCAGCAACUGAUCGAGGGCACGGCCAUGGAGCAGGAACAGCAACUGCUGACCCUCUUGCGCGGCGUGCACAUCCAGCUACUGGAGCACGUGAUGUUCGUGGAUGAACUGGACAUCAGUCGCGGUCAGGUGUUUGGUCUCUAUGGAGCGCUGGUCUCUCACGGGGCAUACAAGCGCUCGCAGGCUGUCAGGGAUUUGUGCUCCAAUCACUUGCGAUCGCUGGCCGAAAAGCACCUGGCCCACUGCACGUACUUUUACUUCCAGAUGCUGAUUAAACUGGCGGAGCUAGCACCAGAUCUGGUAGCUCCACUGCUGUUUUUUGUGAGGGAGCAGGCCAAACAGGUGGAGCUAAAACGCGGCGCUGGCGAGGAUGUGGGCAUACGCAAGUGCCUGCAGCGACUCCAGAAUGUCUUAAGCAAAGUUUAAAGUUAGUUUAUAGCUCUAGGUA